GAGAGGAACCGGCCCUCUGCGCUCGGGGCUUUGCAGCUCAAUUAGCGCGUGACAUACUUUCCCUCCCGGGCUGUGAUCACCCUCCUUCCUUCCUUCCUUCCGCCCGGUGGCUGCUCGGACGCUCAGCGGCUUAUGUGCCCACUAACUUCGGCCGCGCACUUCCCCAGAGUAACACGCCAUCCGUCAGGCGCACCUUGUUUGUUUGUUUGUUUGUUUGGUUUUUUUUAAACCUGCAGAAAGAAAGCAACCGGACUGGCACAUGGCCGAGGACGGGCACGCGGAUGCGUUCGUCCCGCAGAAGGAGAUCGUGUACAACGGCCUGCUGCCGUACACCGGCCGGGUGGACCGGGAGGCCGCGGGGCUGCUGGCGCAGAUCAAGACGCACCUGUCGCGCGCGGUCCUCCUCAGGGAGCUGUGGCCCGGGGUCGCCUUCUGGUCCAGGAAGCUCUUCUCGUUUCUGAAGCUGUACGGCCGCAGGUUCAGCAAAGAGGACCACGUCCUCUUCAUCAAGCUGCUGUACGAGUUGGUCACGCUGCCCGACCUGGAGCCCCACAUGAUGCAGAACUACGCCAGGCUGCUCAUCCACCUUCUCAAGAAGAAAGAACUGCUGUCCAGGGAUGACUUACAGCUGCCGUGGCGACCACUCUAUGAACUGUACGAGAGGGUCAUCUACUCCAAAACGGAGCAUUUUGGACUCAUCUGGUUCCCCACCUCGGUGGAACACAUUUUGAAGGCUUUGAUCAAGAGCUGCAGACUGUAUUUCCCCGCACCGUCCACGAAGGAGAUGCUGGAUGAGUGGCGCCCCCUGCUGUGCGUGUUCGACGUGAUCAUGCAGAAGGCCAUCGGCAACAUGGAGCUGUUCCUGCCCACCAUCAUGCCCCCGGAGGAACACGGCCAGGGCUUCCAGUUGUGGUUUGAUGAAUUAAUGAACCUUUGGAUGGCAGUGCAGAAUCAACCAAGCUGGGAAGGGCACCUAGUGAACCUGUUUGCCCGACUCGCCAACGAUAACAUCGGCUACGUGGACUGGACCCCUUACAUUCCCACAAUAUUCACCAGGAUCCUGCGCAGUCUGAACCUUCCAGUUGGGGUCAGUCAGAUGGUGGCGCCGCGGUAUCUUAUCAACUCUUACGACAUCGGACACUUGGUGUUGUGGAUCACAGCACUUCUGGGUGGACCAGGAAACCCUGCACAGAAAGAGCUGACCUGCCUCUUCAACAGCAUUGCCUCCUUUUACCAUCCCUCCAAUCAUGGUCGCUGGCAGUCUCGUCUAAUGCGGCUGCUCCAGCGUCUCCCGGCGAGUGUUGUGCGCCGCGUGCACCGGGAACGUCACGGUGACCCCAACUGGAUCACUGUGGUCCCUGAGUGUCAGAGGCUGACGGAUGCGGACCUGCAGGAGUUCACACGCAGCCUCAUCGGAGCCGCCCUGCUGGCCAUGUUCAGUAAGACCGGCAGUACGGACGCUGCCUUCGCUCUGCAGAACCUGGCUCUCCUCACACCGGAACUUGUCAUACCGCCUGUACUCGAGAAGACCUAUGCGGCGAUGGAGACCCUGACGGAGCCGCACACCCUCACCGCCACUCUCAGCUGCAUGAUCGGCAUGGCCCGCUGCCUGGUCUCCCCCAACAACCGCUACCCAGAGGGCCGGGCGCACGUGCUCCCGCUGCUCAUGGGCUGUCUGCCAGGGGUGGACCCCAACGACUUCAGCAAGUGCAUGAUAACGUUCCAGUUCAUCGCCACCUUCACCACUCUGGUGCCUUUAGUGGAUUGUUCGUCUGCUCCUUCGCGACACAGUGAUCUCACAGAGAUUGAGAAAGAUCUGUGUUUUGCUUCGGCUGAGUUCGAGGACUUCGUUCUUCAGUUCCUGGACAGGUGCUUCGCCCUGAUAGACAGCAGCACCCUGGAACAGACGAGAGACGAGACAGAGACGGACACCCAGACUCAUCUGGAGAGCCUGGUGGAGCUGGGCCUGGCCUCCACUGUGAGCACCGUCCUGACACAGUGCUCCGCCGAAGUGUACAAGGUGGCGUUGCAGAAGGUGUAUAACUUUGCCACCUCCAACAUCUUUGAGACGUGCGUGUCGGGCAGGAUGGUGGCUGACGUGUGUCGAGCUGCGGCGAAGUGCCAUCCCGCCGAGUCCCUCCGUCUGUUCGUGCCUCACUGCUGCAGCGUCAUUUUCCACAUUACUGACAACGAGGAGUUGCAGAGUGAAAUAGAGCUGGAUAAGGAGCUGUUGUGGAAUCUCCAGCUGCUCUCUGAGGUAACCCGUGUGGAUGGCGAACAGCUGCUUAAGUACCAGGGGGACCUGGAGCGGAUCCUGUGCGUGUGCGUGCGCCUGCGCUGUAAACGGGCUUACGCGCUCGCCUGCAGUCUGCUGGAGCACACACUCCGGUCGCUGUCCCUCAUCUAUCCCACCGAGUACCGCAGCACCUCUGGAGGCUUUGACACUGACCUCCCUAUACGGGACUGGGGCAGAGCCGGAGAUGUGGCAGCCCUGGGUGUGUGUUGGCACGUGCCUAGUGCAGAGGAGGAGAACUUUGUCUUCCAGCUGUUGUCCCGCCUCCUGCACCCGGAGCUGGAGCGAAUCAAGGGCCACGUCUCUGGAGAUCAGCCAAUGAGCAGGGAGGAGCUGUUGCAGAGUCUGGCUAUUGUGCAGCACUGCCUUCUCGGAGCUGGAAGCAUGCUGCCCCCUCUGGAAGGACCACACGUUGCCGACCUGGUGCCCUCCAUGGUGAACCUGGGGGGGAUCAGGCUGCACAUAGGUGUCGACUACGAUGAUUCGCGGGAAAACUACCGAGAGUCCAUCUGCCAAACCAUGAGGCUGCUGCUACAUCACAUCCUGGAGCACUCGGAGGACGACACAAAGUCCCUGUUCGUCAUCAUUAAGAUCAUCAACGACCUCAUGUUUUUCCAAGGCACUCACAAGAAGGAGUUUGACUCGCGCUGGAAGAGCUUCACCCUCGUCAAGAAGUCCAUGGAAAACAAGCUUCAUGGGAAAAAACAGCACAUCAGAGCGCUGCUCAUUGACCGGGUGUUGCUCCAGCACGAGAUGAGGAAGCUGGUGGUGGAGGGCAGUGAAUAUAAAGUGGUUCAUCAGGAGCUGCUCUGUGAUCUGCUGCUGCUGUCUACCAGCACCUACAGCCAGGUACGCAGCAGGGCCCAGAAUGUUCUCACUGCUGCACUGGGAACCUAUAGCUUCUCCUACAGAGACCUCAUUCCCCGGAUCCUUCGACUGCUCUCACCGCAACACACCGCCGGCACACAACAGCAGUUCAAGGGUGCUCUGUACUGCCUGCUGGGUGUGCACGGUGGCGUUUGUCUGGCCAGCGUGAGGGACUGGGACUGCGUCGGGGAGGUGUGGCCUGCUCUGGUCCGCUGUGGCCUGUCCACCUCCAUGACCCUGGAGAAGCCCUCCAUCGGCGCGCUGCUCGACGACAUCACCGACAGGAUCAAUCGCCAGCACGACACCGUCGGGAUCUAUUUCACGGUAUCCGAGACGUGUGUGGAGAUAGCCGAUCAAAUCGCGCAGUCCGAUAAUCCCAUGCCUUGCUUGGAGGCACCGUCCGUGGAGGAGCUGGAAGAGGGGAUCCAGCGUCAGCGAAUCAGAAACGUGGUCGCUGCUCGUAAAUACGAAAAGCUGGUCAACGACCUCUUGGAUUGCCUUGAAGACACUGACCUGCCCUGGAAGUUUGAGCACAUGGCCGCAGACCUUCUGUCUCUCCAGCUGAGAGACGAUCACCCUCUGCCCCCUGACGCCGUCCUCUUCUUCACACAGAGCCUCAUCCACGACUCCAUCAGCAUACGCAAGGUGGCGAUCUCAGCAAUGGCUGGGAUCCUAAAACAGCUGAAACGACCAAGAGAGAAAGUGGCAGUGAAGCCCGCAGACAUCAGUGGUGUCGAGGAUCCGGAGGGUUUGAGUGUGGGGGAUCGCGAGGGGAACCGCUGGCUGCAGUACGACAGCGACAACCUUCCGCUCUGUCAGGAGCGGUGGGACUCGCAGCACUUCGUGGAAAAAACCCACUGGGGCUACUACUCGUGGCCGAGAGAAAUGAUGAUCCAUGCAGCUUCUGAAAAGCCCAAAGAUGACCUGCUGUAUGAGGAGAUGAGUGAGGGUGAAAAGAUCAUCUUUGAAUAUUUCUCAGACCCGGAGUUUAUUGACCAGCUGAUAGAGUUUCUGUCUCUGGAGGAUCGGAAAGGAAAAGACAGCUUCAACCCUCGACGCUUCUGUCUCUUCAAGGGGCUGUUUCGUAACUAUGGUGACGUGUUCCUGCCGUUACUAUGGCCUCGACUAGAGCAGCUCGCCAGCGACCCCCAUGAGAGCUCGCAGCGCUGCGUGUGUGAGAUUACUGCAGGGCUAAUAAGAGGCAGCAAACUCUGGAGUUUCAGCAAGGUGGACGGGUUGUGGCAGCUUUUGUGUCCUUUGAUCAGAACAGCAUUGACCAACAUCACAGUGGAAACCUACACAGACUGGGGCACCUGCAUCGCUACCGCCUGUGAGGGCCGGGACCCCAGGAAACUCCACUGGCUGUUUGAGCUGCUGAUGGAGAGCCCCCUCAGCGGAGAGGGCGGCUCGUUCAGGGACGCCAGUUUGCUGUAUGUGCUCCAGGGAGGUCUGGCCCAGCAGCAGUGGAGAGUGUCUGAACUGCUGCACAGGCUGCUGACUUACCUGGAGCCCAAACUCACCCAGGUGUAUAAGAAUGUCCGGGAACGUAUUGGCAGUGUCCUGACCUAUAUCUUCAUGAUCGACGUGGCCCUGCCCCACACCCGCUCCACCCGCUCCCCCCACGUGGCGGAGUUUGUCACUCGGGUCCUAGAGCGGCUCAAGCCCCUCACAUCGGAGCCAGAGAUCCACAACCACGUCCACGAGGAGAACACCCAGGAGACGGACGAGCGCACCCAGGCUGUCAAACUGCUCAAGACGGUGUUGAAAUGGUUGAUGGCGAGUGCGGGGAGAACUUUUACCACUCCCGUUCAGCAGCAGCUACAGCUUCUGCCCCUGCUUUUCAAGAUUGCCCCGGUGGAGAUUGAUGAGAGCUAUGAUGAGAUGAAGCAGGAUGCGCGCACGUGUCUCUCUCUCAUGUCCCAGGGCCUGCUGUAUCCUGAGCACAUCCCUCUGGUUCUGGAAGCACUGGAAGAGAUGGCGGGCAACAGGUCGUGGCACGCUCGCUUCUCAGUGCUGACCUACCUCCAGAUCAUGGUUUUCUACAACUUGUUUACGCUGCUCAGCGUGAACGCCGAGGUGCUCCGCAUCCGAAAGCUGGUGAUGCAGCUGCUGCUCGACGAACAGCUCGAGGUGAGGGACAUGGCAGCCACCACCCUCAGUGGUUUACUGCAGUGCCAGUUCUUCCCUCUGGACUUCAGUCUGCAGACACAGCUCCAGACGCUGAGUCAGACUCGCCUCCCCAAGGCCAGAGGAGAGCUGGCCUCCACAGCAGACUUAGUCCGGCGCCAUGCUGGAGUGCUCGGCCUCAGUGCGUGCAUCCUGUCGAGCCCCUACGAUGUCCCAGACUGGAUGCCUCAGAUAUUGAUGGACCUGAGCGACCAUCUCAACGACCCACAGCCUGUAGAGAUGACGGUGAAGAAGACCCUGUCGGAGUUCAGGCGCACCCACCACGACAACUGGCAGGAGCAUCGGCAGAGCUUCACCGACGAUCAGCUGCUGGUGCUCACAGACCUGCUGGUGUCGCCCUGCUACUACGCGUAGGCGGCCAGGUCCUCGACAGGCUGACGGGCCGGCACCACAGAAGAAGAAUGACACCUUUUGAACACUGUCGGGCGCUGCAGUCCUCUGUGCAGCCUGUGGGGAUAAUACCCAGUAUGAUAAUGUCGCAGCGGCUGAGGGCCUCUGCCUUCUGGAACUUCGCGUGUUGCUGCUGGCCUUCAGUACAACCCCGCAGGAAACAGUUUUCAAACAUUUACUUUAUUUGGUGUGUUAUUUUUCUCUCUCUCUCACCAAGCUGCUCAACAGCCCCAAAGGUGGCCACUUUACUUUGGAGAUAACCACCACUUAGGUGUAUAUUUUUUCUCUCUAUUUUAUCUCUUCGUAUCACAGUUUUUCCCUGCACUUUCAUAGUAUUUUUUUAAGCGAUACACAAACAGCUGGAACCUGAACUUCUUUAAAUAAAUACAAUACAAAGGUGUAUGAUAAUGUAACAAUGCAGAAUUAAUAUAUGAUCAAUAUACAUUGAUAUGACUAAAUCCUGCAAACCGCAGUGGCAUUUCUCCAGUUAUAAUUCAACACAUGCAGUGUGAUGAUGUUUAUAAUACUUCUUGAUAUUGAUUAUGCAAUAGAUAUAAAUUAAUAUUAAUGGCAGAUUAUUAAUAUUAAUAAGAAUAUAUACAACUAUAUUAAGAAAUCUGAUAUUUAAUGUGCUAUAAUGACAUUAUACCAAAAUGCAUACAACCCCGUGUUGUAUUAUAUAAUAGCUCAAUGAGGAUUUGCAGUCGUUUCCAGUUAAAUAAAUCAAACUGCAUCGUU